AUGAAUAGAAGAACUGCAGAAGGGAGUAACCGGUGGUCACGGUUGGUUUUUGACGGAGAUGCGGAGAAGUACGAGCUGUGGGAGGCAAAGUUUCUUGGCCACCUUCGGUUACAAGGAUUAAAGGACGUAAUUCUAAAGAAAGAAGAGGAAGACGGAGAAGAAGAAGAUGAAGACACGAAAAACGCAGAGGCGUAUGCGGAGCUUAUCCAAUUCCUAGAUGAUACAAGUUUAUCGCUGAUAAUGCGUGAAGCUGCUGAUGAUGGACGGAAGGCUCUGAGGAUUUUGAGAGACUUUUAUGCGGGCAAGGGUAAACCUCGCAUUAUCAGUCUAUAUACAGAACUUACCUCACUGCAAAAAGUCGGCAGCGAAGAUGUGACAACUUAUGUUCUUAGAGCUGAGGCCGCUAUAACAGCAUUAAGAAAUGCAGGUGAAACUAUGAGUGAUGGCCUGCUUAUCGCUAUGAUUCUGAAAGGACUGCCAGAGUCAUUCAAACCAUUCAUCAUUUAUGUCACACAAAGUGAAGAUAAAAUGACUUUUUCUGACUUUAAAUGCAAAUUAAGGAGUUAUGAAGACACAGAGAGAAUACGCACGGCUGCUGCGGCGGACAACGUCAUGAAAGCACGGGUCCAAUCAAGCCUAAAGCAUGCACAGGUGCGGAUGAGCGAGAGGAGAGCAGACGGCGUCGACCAGGUGUGCUUCAGAUGUGGACAACGGGGACACAUAGCUAAAAUGUGCCACCGCAGAAAAUGGUGCAAUAUUUGUGAAAACUCCACACACCGAGAGGAUGAAUGCAGGAGAAGGCAAAGACAGGAUGUGGCGUGGACAGCUGCUGAAGAAGAGGACGGUAAAGAAUAUGUUUUCCGGCUGACUGAUGCUGACCAGGAGAUUGGGAACCUGUUGUCGUCUCUAUCAGCCCUCCUCACCUCCACCCUCAUCAUCUCCGUCGUCUUCGCCAUCAUUCCACUCUGUCACCAUGUGGUUCUGCUGGCCGUCGCUAUGGGCGUGGCCGGAGCGGCCAUGGGCGUCAUAGACACCAUUGGGAACCUGCAGCUGGUGAAGCUCUACCAGAAGGACUCAGCCAUCUUCCUGCAGGCGUUGCAUUUCUUCAUCGGCUGCGGCGCCCUGGUCAGCCCCCUGGUGGUCGACCCCUUCCUGGCAGAAGACAGCUGCGUCCUCUCAGCCAAUCGCACGGCCAACUCGUCGUCCUCGGACCUGGAACACCUCCGUAACACCCUGGCUGGGCACGGAGCGGCGCUGCACAACGCCUCCUGGUACCCUCUCUACACGGAGGGGGUCGUGGUCACCAGGGUGUCGUACGCUUUCUGGAUCAUGGCUGCUAUUAAUCUCCCAGUGCCAGCCGCUGUCCUCGCAUUGAUGUUCCAUGAGAGGCUGGUGUCCUGCUCCAGGGGGAGCCCCCCACUGCUGGACAAGGAGUCCCACACCAGUUCAAGCCCUGCAGUCAGGGACGCCUGUCCAGGAUGCGGGGGGGCGUUGGACUUCCUCCGAGGUCAUCCUGCUACUUUCUUCAUCAUUCACGCCCUGGGCGGAGCCAUCGUCUUCAUCACCGAUGGAAUUAUAGGCUGCUAUGCCGGCUUUGUCUACACCUACGCCGUGUCCCCCCCCCUGCUGAUGGGUCAUAAAGCAGCAGGCUGUCUGGACAGCAUAUUUUGGGCUUCGAUCACAGCAGGAAGACUUUGCUUCAUCUUCGUCUCCUACAGAUACGCGCCGCCUGUGCUGCUCACCGUCAGCCUGGUGGGGGUCAUCGUGGUCCAGAGCCUGCUGCUGAUCUUCUACACCAGCCGGGUGUUUCUGUUCAUCGGUACCUGCGUGCUGGGACUGUGCAUCAGCAGCGUCUUCCCCUCCAUCCUGGCUUUCACAGAGGACAUGUUGGAUUAUAAAGGUGCAGCCACCACAGUCCUAGUGACCAGUGCCAGCACAGGAGAGAUGCUGCUCCAGCUGCUCGUUGGAUCGGUGAUCCACAGUGAAGGCAGCUACUCCUUCCUGUUGUCUACGACCAUAACGUCCAUCAUCAGCCUCUGUCUGUUCCUGCUGCUCCUCUACACCCAUCAUUUUCACAGAAACUACCAACCAGAUUCAUCAGGCGCCAUAGACAUGAAAGAGCAGCCAACCGAUGGAGGCUCCUGAUCUUUGAUUCACACAUCGCAGCAGACGAAGGACCCCCCUGUGGCCCCCUAUGGGCCCUCUGUGGCCCCUGGACUGACAUGUGGCUUCAUAGGAGCAGCUGUGAUGGAUUCAUAAAGCAGCAACCUGUCAGAAUAAAAGCAGGACAAUAAGAGGA